AUGUUGACUAAUAUUUUUAAAAGAAUAAUAAGCGUACAUGAGGAAAUUAUUAGUCACAUCAACACUCAAAAAUUCGAUCAAGUACGGCCUCAGCUGAAUCUUCUAAUUUCACUUCAAAACGAACUAAUUCUAACUUUAAGAAAAACAAAAUUUUACAAAGAAUUUAGCAAUAUUUUCAGCUUUGAAACUGAAGGAAAUUAUGAAAAUGAUGAGUUAUACGAGAUAUCAAAUGAAGAUAAGAGUUUAUCCAAAGAAAUUUAUAAAAAUUCCAAAAACUUGAAAAAUUACAUAGAUUCAGUAAUUAGAAACCGAAAAAUUCUGGAUUCUAAUACUAAAACAAUUGUUUCUGAUUCAUUCAUAGAGGAAGCUGGAGAUAACCGUUUCAUAAGUGAUGAGUUAGAAACCAAACUCCAUGAGGUAUGUGAUGAGGUAUCGUUGUCAAUGGACAUCGGUGGAACAUUUGUUAAGAUUUUGUUAAAUUUGCCUAUAAAGAAUAGCGAAAAUUAUCACCUUUUCAAGGAUGUUUAUACUUCGUAUCUCCAUUCCAUUUACAUCUCAGACCGAUUUUCUGAGUUAUUUGGAUCAACUUAUAAAGUAAACGUAGAAAAUCAAAGGGAUCUGGAGGAUGUUCUGGAAUUUCUACAUUCUAUAUUCCUGAGUAUCAAGGUUAGGGACAGAGUUCUGGUAUUCAAAUACUUUCCACUCUCCGAUUUCGAAAAUGGAUAUAACAUAGAGGGGAGGUGCUUAAAUUUUACUGGAGGAGGGGCAUAUAAGUAUACUGAGUUUCUGAAUUCCACUUUUGUGAAACACAAUGUAAAAGUUAAUGUAAUGGACGAGUUCUCUGCGAUAGUUGAAGCCUCAAAAUUUCUUACUAAAAUGGACAAAUCGGCUGUACGAUACGAUUUAAUUCAUAGAAUUCCAGAAGUUGUUUCACUGGAGCCAGUUUACCCCUUUAUAAUUUCAAAUAUAGGUUCGGGGACUUUUUACCUAAAGGUGGAAAGUGAAAAUGAAAAUAAACAUGUUUUUGGAACGUCAAUUUCAGGAGGCACCUCAUUCGGCCUUGUGAACUACCUCCUUCCUUUAAAAGAAAGAAGAUCGUUUACCAAGAUAUUUAAAACAGGUAAAUAUAUAUAUUAUGACAUAAUUUUAAUAAAGGGACAAAUCGUCUUGAUUCAUUCUCUGAUUAUAAAGGCGAGAACGACAAUUCGGAUGAGAAAGUUUAAAAAGGAAGAAAUCAAAACUGACUGCGAACUAUACCCUGGAGAGUUAUACAAGAGCCUGAUUGAUAUGGUAGCGUACAAUAAAGGCUGUUUAGGCUAUGUUAUAGCAAAGGCAAAUGGAGUAAAGAGGAUCAUUUAUAACGGAAAUUUCAUAUGCAAGAACACAAUGGACUCGAUUGUUGCAGGCUUCGCCUUCACAUCGGACGUUUACAGGGAUAAAUCAAUUGAACUAUGUUUCCCUCUACACGGACCUUAUAUAGCAGCUUUAGGAUCCUUUAUAAUGAAAACCGAAUCUUCUUCAUAG